AGCUGCACCCUAUGUCACACAAUCCAGAGGACAACAUUGCUGGGCACAGGCACUGAAAGUCCAAAAAAAAGGUCUGAAUCACCCAUUAUGGGACCCUCAACCACACCGAUCCUCCUUCCAACCACAGCCGUCCAGGCUCCUGGGACCAACCAGAGUGGGGCUGUGGGACAACCAGAGGCAUCCUACACUGUCCUCAAGUUCAUGGAGAGCUUCUGCCUGCUGAGUGCUGCCUGUGGGAUGGUGGGGAAUGGCCUGGUGCUGUGGUACCUGGGCUUCCGCAUUCGCAGGAACCACUUCACUGUCUACAUCCUGAACCUGGCGGCCGCCGACUUUGGGUACCUGCUGUGCAUCGCUGUGGAGACCGUGCAGUACCUGAUGCAGUUCAACGUGGGGGUGCAGUUCGGGAUAUUCCUCUUCCUGGAUCUCUUCAUGUACGGCACAGGCCUGUACCUGCUGACUGCCAUCAGCAUUGAGCGCUGCCUGUCUGUGCUGUCCCCCAUCUGGUGCCGGACACACCGCCCGAAGCACCUGUCUGCCGUGGUGUCCGGCCUGCUCUGGGCCCUGUCCCUGCUCCUGAACACUCUGGGAUAUGUUUUGUGCACUGUUCGCCCCUCUCCCAGGGUUUGCCAGCGCCUGCUCAUCGCCAUCGGAGCCUUGGAUUUCCUCGUCUGCGCGCCCCUCAUGCUGCUCUUCAGCCUCACCCUCUUCCUGCGGGUCAAGUGCAGCUCCCAGCCCUUCCAAACAGGCCGGCUCUUCACUGUCAUCAUGCUCACCAUCCUCCUCUUUCUCAUUUUUGCCGUGCCCCUCAGUGUCCUCAUCCUCCUGGACUUCCUGGGCCACAAGUUCCUGUAUUCCCCAGAGAUUGGCUUUGUGCUGUCCUGCGUCAACAGCACCCUCAACCCCGUCAUUUACUUCCUGGUGGGAAGCUACAGGGAUAGGAAAUUCAGGCUCACCCUCAGACUGGCAUUCCAGAGGGCCUUCCAAGACUCAGCAGAUGACAGAGAUGAGAGGGAAACUCGAGACACAAUAACCAUGUCCUCCUAAAAUCCUGCCUGGAAUGUCUUAGCAGAACUGAAGAACUCUGAGUUACUGGGGAAGGUUCAUGUCACUUGACCCUCAGCACUCUCUUUGUAGAUAUUUUAGGUCAUUAUUUUAAGUCCCCAUCUGUGGCACAUAAGCACCUGGACCACAGAACUUACCUGACCUGUAUUUAGGAUACAUUAAAAGUUCCUGUUUCUUUCUAGUGACUAUUAAAUAAUAUUAAUUUGAUAAGGUUGAAAUGUCUUGGUGUCUGAAUUUCAGCAAAGAAUUCCUGCUCAGGAUAAAUCCUUGUCAUUCAUAAACUCAUAAAUUCUCAGUGUUGCUUUUCACUCAGAUCUCAGAAAAUGAGAUCAGUACGAACAAUCCUUCUGUUGGAAGCAGACAUAAAGUUCCUGGAAAAAGAAUCCAUCUAUCCUUCUUAGUUUAGAAUUCCCACGUCUGAGCACGCACAUAGCCUUUUGUGGCUCACAGAGGGCUUCCUAAUGUGAGCAUUUCAGGGGCUGAAAAGAUUCACAUCCACCAAGUCCAUUUCUUCUCUGAACCAGGGAUGUUUCCACACCACAGAGAAGAAAAGGGCUCCAACUCCUUCCAAUUUGCUUUAAAAAUUUAGUCACUGAGUUUCAUCCUCUGUUGUCUUGUAUUUCAAAGAAAUACAUGACUGGAGAUUAUUAUUUUAUAUUAUAUUAUUGCAUGUUAUUUUAAUUUCUUCCAGCCCUUGGCAGAGUCUCUGCAUUUAUCUACAUCAUGCAUUGGGUGGUUAUUUCUUCCUUUAAAAGGACAGAUCAGAAUCCAUGGCUUUAAAAUCUUCUUUAACAAUAAAAAUAAAUCAAAAGAUAGUGGGGAAAAAAUACAGGAAACAGAACAAGGUAAAUAAAUACCAUGAUUUGCAACAAAUUAUUCUCUAAACCAAAUCCUUUGAGGGAAAAAAUUGGAUUAUUUGUGCUCUCAGACUGCCUAACAUUUAUUCUUUUAAUCAAAAUCAUUAGAAGAAGUCAACGUGGGUAAUUGUCUUUGAAAAACCUCACAAAUUCAUGUUCAAAAUGUUAUCUUUUUGAUAU